AACCCUUUUCCAUACCCCAAAUCAAACAACUCCACCAUAUUACCGUCGUCACCACCACCACAAACCACCACAACUAAUGGCAGCAACAAUGGUUCUCGAUCCCAAACCCUCAUCCACACCACCACCAACUCUCCCCAACCCCUACACCACCGACUCCCAAUCAACCGACUCCGAAGACGACCUCUACACGCGCCUCAAAACCCUAGAUCGCCAAAUCGAGUUCAUCGACAUCCAAGAAGAGUACGUGAAAGACGAAUUAAAGAAUCUGAAGCGAGAGCAACUGAGAUCUCAAGAGGAGGUGAAGCGGAUCCAGUCGGUGCCGCUUGUGAUUGGGCAGUUUAUGGAGAUGAUUGACCAGAAUAAUGGGAUUGUGGGGUCUACUACGGGGUCUAAUUAUUAUGUGAGGAUUUUGAGUACGAUUAAUCGGGAGUUGUUGAAGCCUUCGGCUUCUGUGGCUCUGCAUAGGCAUAGUAAUGCGCUUGUUGAUGUGUUGCCGCCUGAGGCGGACUCGAGUAUCUCGCUUUUGAGCCAGUCUGAGAAACCUGAUGUUACUUACAACGAUAUCGGAGGAUGUGACAUUCAAAAGCAGGAAAUACGUGAAGCUGUCGAGUUACCUUUGACUCAUCACGAAUUGUACAAACAGAUAGGUAUCGACCCACCACGUGGCGUUCUGCUCUAUGGUCCACCUGGCACGGGUAAAACCAUGCUUGCUAAGGCUGUUGCAAACCAUACAACUGCAGCCUUUAUUAGGGUUGUUGGCUCGGAAUUUGUUCAAAAGUAUCUUGGUGAGGGACCUAGAAUGGUUCGUGAUGUUUUCCGUCUUGCUAAAGAAAACGCACCUGCUAUUAUAUUUAUCGAUGAAGUCGAUGCAAUCGCAACUGCCAGGUUUGAUGCUCAGACUGGAGCUGAUAGAGAAGUGCAGCGAAUUCUCAUGGAACUGCUAAAUCAGAUGGAUGGGUUUGACCAGACUGUUAAUGUUAAGGUUAUAAUGGCAACUAACCGAGCUGAUACUUUGGACCCAGCACUUCUUCGCCCUGGUAGGCUUGAUCGCAAGAUUGAGUUUCCUUUGCCUGAUAGGCGACAAAAAAGACUUGUUUUUCAGGUUUGCACUGCUAAAAUGAAUUUAAGUGAUGAAGUUGACUUGGAAGAUUACGUCUCUCGGCCCGACAAGAUCAGUGCUGCUGAAAUUACAGCAAUCUGUCAAGAAGCAGGGAUGCACGCUGUGCGCAAGAACCGUUAUGUCAUUCUUCCCAAGGACUUUGAGAAGGGCUACAGAACCAACGUAAAGAAGCCUGACACGGAUUUUGAUUUCUACAAGUAAAAUCCAAUGGUUGGAAGUAGGAUAAAAGACCUUGUGCUGUUUACUUCAAACUUGUUGAUCUUGUUAUUACUAUGGAUGUUCAUGUGAUCUUUGCUUAUGCUAGCUAGACCAACAACUGUUGAAUAUGAAAGAUAUUAUGAGCUUCCUUCUUUUAAGAUAA